AUGGAACACAGACUCCAAGAACCGAGGAUCGCCACGCACAAUGUGCGCAUAUAUGCUCAGUGUGGAAUCUUGUUGGCUUCUGAACAGGAACCGAACAAUACUGAUAAUGAAUAUCACGCAAACACAGCAUUACCAGUCGCAUCUCCUCAUGGUUAUAUAACAUAUGAGAUGAUAUACCGCUACUGCAGCAUGAUUUUCAUUAUCCAUAGCCAGGAGGUAUGGUCCCUAUUUCCGUUGCUACAAGAUGGGUUACCAGGCCGUGUGCUUCACCAUGAUCGCCAAACCCUGCUGAGACCAGGCAAUUAUAUCGUUCUUCGUGACUCGGAUCAAAAACAGAUCUCCGUCCAGCUCACUAGCGAGGAAGCACCGCGUCGUGUCAGGACCAAUGACUACACCACUAGAACCCAAGGGACCAAGGAGAGAGACCGGUUGCAAUUGCACCUCCGAAGAAGCCUUUGUGAGAGGGACACCGUUUGCGCAAUGAACACCAUUUCCGCCUUCGUAACAAGCCCCGACCGCAAAUACCGAGGUUUGGAAGCCGCCCAUGUUUUCCCUGUAAGCCAGCUCGCACAGUGGAACCGAAACCAUUACAGACGCUACAUUACCGAUACUAGCCCCGCAGUCGAUAUUGGAGACAGUGGCCUGUACUCUCCUCAAAAUGGGCUUCUGCUCAGCAAGAAUGCUCACGAUGUAUUUGAUGAUUUCUUGUUAGGCGUGGAUCCUGACGCUGGCUACAAAAUCGUUGUUUUCGGCCAAGACAUAAUUGGACUUGGAGGGACAUGUCUCAAAGACUCAGCAAGGAACGGCACCAACCAAACCAACCGCGUUAGUCCAGAUCUUCUGCGUUGGCACCUGAGAAUGUGUGUUUACCGAAAUAUGAAAGCAAAUGCUGAGCCUCCGCCAUUGUGGGAGGAUGAUCUCGGUAGCGAUGAUAUGGGUCAAAUUCUUGAGCAGCCAGAUGCCGCUGACAGGAUGGAAGUAGAGCUGUUCACACGUCUCGGCGGGUUGGUAGCUUAG